AUGCGGACAAUGCACGACCAUCGGUCUUUAUUGCGACCGAUCAGAGAAGCCUACUCGAUUUACAUAGUUGAACAUCGAGAAUUGCCCGAUCCUGAUACACCACAAAAAGCCCUUCAGGAUCAAAACAUUGCACGCCUGUUUCAUUCAUACACAUCGGACAUCUCCAAAUGGUAUGAUCUAAGUGAUUCGGCAUUUUCAUUCGGUCAAAUCGUUCCUACAAUCGCCCUAGAUGAGCCACUUCUUUUCAGCGCCAUCAUUGCUUUGUCUGCCAUGCAAACGAUUAAAACAUCAUCACCCAGUUUUCGAAGAGUGGCCGAGUUCUACCAUCACCGAUGCGUUCGUCUCCUAAUCACUCUCAGCGAAGGCGACCAACUCAUCACUCGAGGCAUCGCCCUCGCUGCGACGUGUCUCUUGAGAUCUUAUGAAAUUCUCGACGGCAAUGUUGAUCCCAACAUGCAUCUUCGGGGCGCUUAUUCCAUGGCUUCGCUACAUGAUGUUCUUUCGGGGCAUCUGCGAACCGGACUCCUCGGAGCUGGGUUUUGGAACUACCUAAGAGAGGAUAUUACGUUUAGUCUCUUUGAGAAUUGUCCGUUGAAGAUGAACCUGGACAGCACGUCGCUUAUUAUACAUCACGAGUCUGACCAGGACUAUCUCAAUUCCAUCACUUUGAUCUUGGCUGCAAUUCUUCACUACUACCUUGUUACAAUGACAUUUAUCUGUCUCCACGGCCAACUAGAGACUCUGGAGGAUCUAAAUAUUCUCAAUCUCGAGGCAGGUUCCAAAGAACAGAUUCUUGAGAAUUUUGCCCGUGAGAUUUGCGGGAUCGCUUUCACGGCAAAUGUCUCGUCUGUUCUUGUGAAUGCAUUUGGGCCGAUAGCGUUCUGUGAGUAUUACCUUUCAUCAGAGCACCAGAAAGGUUGGCCACCAGGAGCAUAA